AUGGACGGCGCCGGCAACAGCUCUGGCGACGUUUCCUCGACGUCCGCCACCGACCAGCAGGGGCCUCGUGCGGACCCCGAGCGGCCGCAGCCGACGGACGACGUCUAUGUCGUCGCCCUCACGCGCAACCUCGCUCCCAUCGCGCCUUCUAGGGUGAGGGUGCAAUUAGGCCGAAACGGCAUGGAGCCUACCCUCAUCUUCUUGGAGUCUCGCGACGGCGACGGCGACGCCGACGCCGACGCGCACGGCGGGUUCGGCUUCGGCUUCGGCGCCGUCCCGGUCCCGGCAUCCGGCGUGGCCAUAGCAUGUCUGCCGGAGACGACCGUGGGCGAGGCGAGGGAGAGAGGCGAGUGCGCGGUGUGCCUCGAGGAGUACGAGGCCGGCGACGCGCUGAGGACCAUGCCGUGCGCGCACGGCUUCCAUGAGCGCUGCAUCUUCGGCUGGCUCCGACUCAGCCGACUCUGUCCGCUCUGCCGCUUCGCGCUGCCGCCUGAGCCCUGA